AAUACAUUUUUCAAAUUCGCAAUAUUUUGACCAUUUUUAUUUAUUUUAUAUAUUUGUUAAGCUCGCGGUGCCAAACUCAAGACAUGGCUAAUGAUGGUGGUGAUGCAAUACCAUCCUUUAAGCUGGUGCUGGUUGGCGAUGGAGGCACGGGAAAGACAACGUUUGUCAAGCGGCACAUGACCGGCGAGUUUCAGAAGCGAUAUUUGGCCACCAUGGGCGUGGAGGUGCAUCCAUUGAAAUUUCACACCAGCCGCGGACCAAUACAAUUCCAUGUCUGGGAUACGGCCGGGCAGGAGAAAUUUGGUGGACUGCGCGAGGGCUACUAUAUUCAGGCGCAAUGUGCCAUCAUCUUCUUCGAUGUGACCUCCCGGACCACCUAUAAGAAUGUGCCCAACUGGUAUCGUGAUUUGGUGCGCACCUGUGGCCAAAUACCAAUUGUUCUGUGCGGCAAUAAGAUUGACAUUAAGGACUGCAAGGUCAAGCCAAAGGGUCUGGAUUUUCAUCGCAAGAAAAAUAUACAGUACUUUCCCAUAUCGGCGAAGUCAAACUACAAUUUUGAGAAGCCUUUCCGCUGGCUGGCUCGGGUACUGGUUGGUGAUCCGCGUCUAGAGUUCGUCGAGAUGCCCGCACUGCAGCCGCCGGAUGUGCGCAUGGCCAAAAGCUGGCAGCUGGAAAUGGAGCACGAACUGGCACAGGCGGGUCUUUUACUUGAGGAUGACGACGAGAACUUAUAGAUGCUGCUAUCAAAUUCUUUUUGUGUGCACAAAUUUUAGACCGAUGACGACAAGAAUUAAAUAUACAAAAUUUCAA